AGUACAAGAAGCAAUAAAAGAAUAUUACUCUACUUAUAUUGCUACUAAUGAUAAUAAAGUUUUAGAUAAAUUUUUAACCAAGCUAAUUAACAAUCUUGAAAAUUUUAUAGAAAAAAUAACAAAGGAUUCUACAUUAUAUUAUCUUGCAAAAAUUUGUAAUAUAUAUGAAAACUUUAAUUCAAAGAAUACUG